CACCACUCUCUCUCUCUCUCUAUCUAACGGCAGAGCUGACUCAGCUCCUCCGGCAUUGACCUCUCCCUAGAGUAAUCAGAAACCUCUCACGCUCCCUUAGAUCGAUUCUUAAGUUAAAAAAAAGGAGUGAUCGUCUCCUCCUCUCUCGCAUGGUUUCAAUGUUUGGUUUUUAAGGCUGAACAGAUUUUUUUUUGUGAAGAAAAUUUGGGGAUGAGCUCUAGAGGUGAUUUUGGGGAUGGUUAUGUCCCAGUCCCUGUGGAGAAUCAAUUUAUGAGUUCUUGGACUCCAAUCACAUCCAUGAAGCCCAUGCAAGGUGGAGUAGAUGAGAGAGUGAUCCACCAAGAGCCAGGUGGUGGUUUCUACACAGAGCAGAGAGGAGAUAUUUUGGGAAGGAGCAGUUUAGCUUCUUCUGAAGGUGGAUAUAAUGGGUUUGAAUUGGACGAUUUGUUGGAUACUGAUCAGAUGCCUUUCUCCUUUACAAGCUUGUUGAGUGGUGGAGAUCAUUUGUUCCAGGUUCCUCAAUGUGGAACUUCAACGCGUAGCAGGUCUCUUUACGAUCUGAAUGUGCCACCUACAAGAGAAGCUGUUGGGUACAUCUGUGAAAGUGCUGUUCAGUCUGUGCCUUCAACGCCUAGUCUGUGCAGAACGGGUCGAGAUAAUGGAUUCCUGGAAACGAUGAAGGGAACCACAGGGGAGAAAUCUGACAACGGAAUGCAGAGCGUUGUGGCGUCGUCUGUUAUUAACUCGACGGAAGUUACUGAGCAGAAGGAUGGCAGCAGGCAAAAUGAUCUGGGGUUUGAUCUUAACAAGACACCUCACCAGAAACCCUCCAAAAAGAAAAAGAAGUUCAUGCCUAAGGUGUUUGUGGAAGGCAAACCUAUAAGGAAGCCACGCAAACCUGCAUCUCAGGGAGCUGUGAAACCUAAAGCAACCGGGAGUGGCAAGAGGAAGAAAGCUCAGAAGAAAAACUUGAAAGAAUCAGCAACUAACAAGCCAGCCAUUGGUGGAGAUAUGAGCAACACAAGCCUUGAAAUCACACACAAAAGUUGCAAAAAGUCUUUAGCUUUUGACUUGGAGAAAACUGGAGACGUGGGGCUAGGUGACUCUGAGUCUGAAAUUUUCGAGAACACUAGUGGUUCAAACUCAUUUACUGGGACCAGAGAUGCCGCUGGUGGAACAAUUGGUAGCUGCCUGGAUUCAGUAUCACAAGUAGACCAGACCAAUGGAUUGGUGGCUGAGAACCAGCCACUUGAAGCGUCAACUGAUGUGAAACUACGCCGAGGAUCAGAAGUAAACCAUUCUCGAAUAAUGGCCAGAGACCAACAACCUGAAUUAAACCAGCAACGCCAGUUCCCAAUGGAAAACCAACAAGCUUGGCUUCAGAUGAAAAAUCAACUUUGUGGCUUUCCAGUCGGUAACCAGCAGCCUCGCUUGGCCAUGGGUAACCAACAACCUCGCUUGUCCAUGGGUAACCAACAACCUAUGUAUAUGAUGGGAGCCCAACGACAUGCACUGGCGAGUGGAAACCAGCAACCAGGAGGUCUCCAAGCGAGCAACCAACAACCUAUGUAUAUGAUGGGAGCCAAACAACAUGCACUGGUGAGUGGAAACCAGCAACCAGGAGGUCUCCAAGCGAUCAACCAACAACCUAUGUACAUGAUGGGAGCCCAACAACAUGCACUGGCGAGUGGAAACCAGCAACCAGGAGGUCUCCAAGCGAUCAACCAACAACCUAUGUAUAUGAUGGGAGCCCAACAACAUGCACUGGCGAGUGGAAACCAGCAACCAGGAGGUCUCCAAGGGAACAACCAACAACCUAUGUAUAUGAUGGGAGCCCAACAACAUGCACUGGCGAGUGGAAACCAGCAACCAGGAGGUCUCCAAGGGAACAACCAGCCUAUAAUUUUGAAUCAGCAAACACAGCAGACUUGCUUACCUGCUGGAAAUCGCCAAUAUGGAUCACCGUCAGGCAUGCAGCAGCUUGUUAUGUCAACCCGGGGGCAACAACAUGGGCUGCUGCUGGAUAACGAGAAAUCUCAGUUUCUGAUGAGAAAUCAGCAACCUGGUUCAUCAAUGAUAGGCCAGCAGACUUGCUUACCUGCUGGAAAUCGACAUUAUGAAUCACCGUCAGGAAUGCAUCAGCUUGUUAUGUCACCCAGGGACCAACAACAUGGCCUGCUUCUGGAUAACCAGAAAUCUCAAUUUCUGAUGAGAAAUCAGCAACCUGGUUCAUCAAUGAGAGGCCAGCAAACUUGCUUACCUGCUGGAAAUCUACAAUAUGGAUCACUGUCAGGUAUGCAGCAGCUUGUGAUGACACCCAGGGGGCAACAACAUGAACAGCUGCUGGAUAACCAGAAAUCUCAAUUUCUGAUGAGUAACCAGCAACCUGGUUCAUCAAUGAGAGGCCAGCAACUUGUUUCAUCAAUGAGAGGCCAUCAACCUUGCGUACCUUUGAUGAACGAGCAACCUGGAACUCCUAAAAGUUUUACUCACUUGAAUCAGAUGGUAGCUGCCAGCAUGUCAUCGUCUGGGCUUCGACCUCAUCCUCAAUCACAAACUCCGGCAACAAAUCUGUAUAUGGAAUCUGUUUCCAGGACUUUGAAUGGGACUGCAGGUACAUGUCAAAGAAGCAGCAUUGCUGGAUACAGUUCUUUACAGCAAGAUAUUCAUCAAGGAAAUGAGUGGAUCCCACAUCAAGAGAGAUCCAAUGCUGAAUCUUUUGAUGUGGGCAAUAAAGCCCUAUCUCAAAAUUUUUCUCUGCCAACUCCAGAUAAGGCUAAACAUCUCGAAGCCAGGGGUUCAAAGAGACAGCAUGAUCGUGCGAUGGCACAUAUGCAAAACUCAGUAGCACGUUGGCCCUUGCCCCAACAGAUUGCAUCACAAGAUGUGGAGAGACAGAACAGCAGCACGUGUGCAAAACAUGUAAAUGCUGCAAAGAAAAUGAAAAUCCAGAAAGCAGUCCAAGAAAAUAUGCAUAGCGUGGCUCCUGAGGUAAUAGAUAUCGAGGAUGAUCCAACUGAUGGGGCAAGAAGAGAUAAAAGUGGUGUCCUAAAAGCUCCUGCAAGAAAGGUCCAAAGAGGGAGAAAGAAAGCAGUACCCCCACCAGCCCAUGCCUCAGAUAUUUCCUGUCUAGUUCAAAAUUCUGCAGAUAUUGAGAAAUGUAUUGUCCCAAAAACUCCCGCAAGAAAGGGCCCUAAAGGGAGAAAGAAAACAGUACCUCCGCCACCCCAUGCCUCAGAGAUCCAGGUUUACGAGCCUACUCCAGCCAAGACACCUUCAUCAAGAAGUAAGGCUAAAGAGAAAGGGAUGAAGUCCAAAAAAGCCUCAGGAAAAGAAAAAGGUCAAUCAGGAGAACUUCUACGUGAAGAUUGUAUUGCAGAAAUAAUAUACAGGUUGCAGAAUCUAUUACUAGGUGAGGAAAGCAGAGAACAAGAGCAAAACGCACUUGUCGUAUACAGUGGAGAUGGUGCAGUUGUUCCAUAUGAGACCAAGAAGAAAAAAGAAAGGCCUAAAGUUGACCUUGAUGAUGAAACAUCUCGGAUAUGGAAUCUUUUAAUGGGGAAAGGAGAAAAAGAGGGCCAUGAAGAGAUGAAUAAGAAAAAAGAGAAGUGGUGGGAAGAAGAGAGAAAUGUUUUCCGAGGGAGGGCCGAUUCAUUUAUUGCCCGUAUGCACCUUGUGCAAGGAGAUAGACGUUUUUCGCCAUGGAAGGGAUCAGUGGUUGAUUCCGUCAUUGGAGUUUUCCUUACGCAGAAUGUCUCAGAUCACCUCUCAAGCUCUGCUUUCAUGUCUCUAGCCGCACGAUUCCCUCCAAAAUCAAGCCCCAAACAAGAAGAUGAAAGGAAUAUUAGAGGUGUAGUUGUUGAAGAUCCAGAAGGAUGCAUUCUGAACUUAAAUGACAUCCCUCCGUCGCAGGAAAAGGGUCAAACUUCGUCUGACACGCAAGUUUCUGGGAUUGAUAGUGCAUCAAAAGAGCAGCAAGCGUACUGUUCAAACUCUGGAAUCGAAAGAUUUAAUUUCUUAGAGAACAGUAGUCAGAACUUAGAAGAGGAAGUGCUAUCGUCACAAGGUUCUUUUGAUCCUGCGAGUUGGACAUCUCAAUCGCCCGGGAGAGUUGGAUCCUCUUCAGGUUCCAAAUCAGACGCAGAGUUUUCAACAACCAGGUCUGAAACAAAAACUGCUAAUGGAUCAGCACAAUCACUGCAAAUUGAGAGUCCAAACUUGUCUGAUGAAAGAUCGCUUCUCCAUCAAGAAUCUGGUGAUGUUCAAAUACAAGAAACUUCAAAUGUCGCUCAGAAGAAACCUAAUAUGACGGCAGAUUUAGUAGAUAUAGAAGAUUUCGGAAUGAACGUUGAACCAACAAAUCUCACCAUGGCACGUGAGAUGAAAGGAACCAAGGCUGCUGGGAAAAAGCCUACAAGCCAAUGGGAUAGUCUUAGAAGAGAAGUGCUGGAGAAAAAAGGGAAAAAAGAAAGAAGCAAAGACAGCAUGGACUCUAUAGAUUAUGAAGCCAUUAGACGUGCUAGCAUCCAUGAAAUUUCUGAUGCCAUCAAAGAAAGAGGAAUGAAUUACAUGCUAGCUGUAAGGAUUAAGGAUUUCCUUGAAAGGAUAGUCAAGGAUCACGGUUCUGUUGAUCUCGAAUGGCUAAGGGAUGUUCAUCCUGAUAAAGCAAAGGACUAUCUCUUGAGCAUAAGAGGAUUGGGUUUGAAAAGUGUAGAAUGCGUUCGCCUCCUGACACUCCACAAUCUGGCUUUCCCUGUUGACACCAAUGUCGGAAGGAUAGCAGUUAGGCUGGGAUGGGUGCCUCUACAACCUCUACCUGAAUCACUUCAACUACACCUUCUGGAGCUAUACCCAGUGCUUGAAUCCAUCCAGAAGUAUCUUUGGCCAAGACUCUGCCAACUCGAUCAACCAACACUGUAUGAAUUACACUACCAGCUGAUUACGUUUGGAAAGGUAUUUUGCACGAAGAGUAGACCAAAUUGUAAUGCAUGUCCCAUGCGAGGAGAGUGCAGGCACUUUGCUAGUGCUUAUGCUAGUGCAAGACUUGCGUUGCCGGCACCAGAGGAGAGAACCUUAACCACUUCAACUAUCCCAGUCCCUCCCCAGUCCUUUCCUCCUGCAUCCAUCCCGAUGAUGCAACUACCUCCUCCUCUGGAGAGUUUUCUAACAAGGGAAGCACCAUCGAAUGGAGGAAGCUCGGAACCCAUAAUAGAAGAGCCGGCUACGCCAGAGCAAGAAUUCACUGAGAUAACAGAGAGUGACAUUGAAUAUGCUUACUACAACGAGGACCCUGACGAGAUUCCAACAAUAGAACUCAACGUUUCGCAAUUCGGAAAUACGCUUAAAGAACACAUGAAGAAUAACAUGGAGCUCCAAGAAGGUGACAUGUCCAGGGCUUUGGUUGCUUUGGAUCCAUCCACUACUUCAAUUCCAACUCCCAAACUAAAGAACAUUAGCCGUCUCAGGACAGAGCACCAAGUGUACGUGCUCCCGGAUUCACAUCUUCUCCUCGCUGGUAUGGAUAAAAGAGAACCAGAUGACCCAAGUCCUUAUCUCUUAGCUAUAUGGACACCUGGGGAAACGGCCAAUUCGACUCAGCCGCCUGGACAGGGAUGUGGAGGGCAAGCUUCUGGCAAAAUGUGCUUUGACGAGGCUUGUUCAGAGUGCAACAGCGUGAGAGAAGCGAAUUCACAGACAGUUAGAGGAACUCUUCUGAUACCUUGUCGAACUGCCAUGAGAGGAAGCUUUCCCCUCAACGGCACAUAUUUCCAAGUGAACGAAGUAUUUGCAGACCAUGAUUCCAGUCUCAAACCUAUCGAUGUUCCUAGACACUGGAUAUGGGAUCUACCAAGAAAAACUGUUUACUUCGGGACAUCGGUAACAUCAAUAUUCAGAGGUAUGACGACAGAACAAAUCCAGUACUGCUCCUGGAGAGGAUUCGUCUGUGUACGAGGCUUCGAACCCAAGACCAGAGCACCUCGACCGCUGAUGGCGAGGCUGCAUUUCCCGAUAAGCAAAUUGAAGAAGAACAAAACCUGAAGAAGAUCAAUGGAGUAAAAGAAACAGCGUUGCUUCUCUAUCCUCCUCUUAAUAAAAGACAAUCAAAAACCUCAUCUAGACAUAAAACAGAAACACCAAUUAGUUAUUUAUGCCUUCUUUCAUAGAAACAGAAGAGAGACAAAAGAAGUUAGCAAAUGCCAAAGGAAGAUUCAUAGGUUAUUUUAAUUUCUCUCUAACAAAUUGUAGCAUUCUUGCGAAUCCAAACGCAUGUGAACAUUUAGAUGCAACCUUUUUCUCUGUCAUUAACUAAAGAUCAUCCUUCUCUCUGUCUUUAACUAUUUUUAAAUGUUUAAUGAUGUGGUCGGUCUCCAACUAAUGUUAUGGGUACAAACGAACCACUAGAUGCAGAUCAUUAAGUAAUUAAGUAUGCUUUGAUUCACUAAAGAAAAUGUAGAUG